AUGGAGAUGCGGUAUUCAGAACAACUAAAUGACGUUGCUGGGGAGCACAAGCCACAAGAUCAGAAACCGAAAGACGAAUGUGCAAAGAAAAGGAACAGGACGAUAUUCACAACGCCGCAGAUUAUCUCGCUCGAACGGAUAUUUGAGACAACUAAGUAUUUGAGCCGGUCCCAUCGAUUCCUCGUGGCGCAACAGUUGGAGCUCACGGAACUUCAGGUGCAAAUAUGGUUCCAGAAUCGUAGGAUGAAGUUCAAGAAAGACAACGAAAGUGGCCCUAAUGGUAAAAACAGUACAUCGCUGCCAUCCACGGCGACGCCAAGCCAGUUGGGCGCCGUCGGUGUCCCCGAAUCGCUCCAAGGCGAGCUGCCAUCACACGGUCCGCAAAAGCCGUUGCCUCCGUUUCAUCAUCAGCAAACGCUUGUUCCCCAUCAGCAGGUGCUACAUAAACCGAUACCCCGACGGCCAAUGUAUUUUUCUGAAGUGCAGCGAAAUCCGUUGCCGCAUCCAUACCUUCCGGCAACUCAACAGCUUGGAGUUCUGGAACGGAUGCCGCAUCCCACGAGCUCUGGAGCCCUGGCACUUUCGACUCGAGCCAGUGUUUUGUACGACAAUUUGGCUGCUUAUAAUUAUGCCAGAUUCCAAUUGAAUGUGCUUGAACGAGAGCAACUGAUGCAUCUGCAACAGCUUCGGCAACAACUGCAUUCACCGGUACAGUUGAUGCAACAGCCCCAGCAGCAUCAGCAACUACACAUUCAAUCUGAGCAUCUACAAGUACAGCGGCUACAGUAA